UCUAAGAGAAAACAUAAAAAAACUACAAAAGGAAUAUAAAUAUUAUAAACAAAAAAAAACAAGAACACUAGCUUAACUAAAAGUUAUUUUAAAUAAUUAGAGGAUUUAGUAAUGGAAAAUCUAGACGCCACCAUUGAUAGCAUGGAGAACAGCCGGUUUUCCGCCCUUUACGGGGCUUUGAUCAAGGAAUUGGCUGCAACUUCGGAAAUGUCCCAGACGGAUAUCACCUGCUUGCUCUGCGUUUACUACAAAUUCUGCAAAGCCAAUGGGCCCAACGCUAAAAAGAUGACCAAGAAGCAGUUCUACCAGAUCUUCUUGGUGAUGUUUAACGUGGCCAAUGUCCAGGUAAUUGAACGCACCCUGCUGGCCAUCACAAAGGACAUCAAGUAUGUGAGUCCCCAGGCCUGGAUCCAUCUCUUCGAUCUUUAUACCACGAAGGACAUACAAGUGCGCAUGAAGUUCGCCUUCGAGGUGUACGACACGAAAGGAACUGGCACUAUUGAUCGAGAGCAAGUUGGGAGGGCUUGUGAGAAGUUUUUUUACGGCGAAGACGAAGAUGAACUGAACGAACUUAAGGCGGACAUGACCGAGUUUCUCAUGAAAAAGUUUGAUCUGGACAAGGAUGGUGUUAUUUCAUUUGAGGACUAUUCUACUGUUGUUGAACAGCAGCCAAUUUUAGUGGAGUUCUUGGGCUGGCUAUUUCCGUCGAAGGAGGACAAGAAUCUUAUGGCCCACUGCAUUAAUCUGCAACUAAAUCUAAAUUAAAUAUUUUAUUUAAAGCUA